CAUUUUUUGUUACAGGGGGCAUGUCGUUGCACCUCGGAGACAAACUGGCUCACCUGUGCCCGAACAAGGACUUCGUUUUCCUGAGGGCCUCUAUGGUGCCGCAGAUACCGGAGGGAUCCAGAGCGUUCACGAGAAACACGUGGGAAGCGCUGACGCGAAGGGCAUACCAGAUGCACAUCACGGGCUCUCCGGCAGAGCUAGACUUGGACUGGCGCAAGAAAGCUUUCUACGGGGCCGGGCGUGGGCCUGAACCAGUCGGUCGCGUCCCUCCUGACGUUUCACGGGACCCCAGUGGGAGGAAGCGGAGCAACGCAACCGCCACCGCCACCGCCAGAAUGCUUCAGGAGUCGUGGAUUGUACGCGGGUUGGUCCCCGACGCCGUUGAUGGAAUGCCGGUCCCCGCUUCGACUCCACGGCCACGAGCGAGCCAUCUCGCUUCUCUCAAACUCCCAGGUGCGGUGCUUGGGGUGCUGGAGACGGCCGUCGGGAGGUCGCGCGACAUGUUCUCGGCGGGCGCCUACGUGCACCAGUACGCCCAGUUCGGCGCCGAACGUGGCGACUUCGAAGAGGCUUUCCUGGGCGUGGAGCAGGCGGUAGAGAACUACCGGAGCCUCGGGUAGUGGUGCUGGUGCUCCGAGGUGCCCACCGUAGCGUUUGAAGGUGCCCACCCCUCCCUGUGGAAAGGUCGACGUGCUUGCACAUAUUAAUGUUGUUUGGAGGUAUAUUCUUCCCCCAAAGAAGGCUCCUGUCAAAGGGGGAUGGGUUGGAGAAAACAAAAGGCACAGUCGAGAAACAAGCUCACGUCGUGUUGGGGGUUGGUCGGUGGCUAGGGAGCACUGAGGGGUCGCGGCGUUGGAUGGUGCGUGUGUUUCGCUGUUGCUGUUGUUGUGUUGUCUUCGAAUAAAUAUACGUCGGAGUCGGUAUCCAGCUCACCUCUUACUCCGUUUGUUGUGUGAAUAUGAUUUUUGUCCGACUCUUUGAGGCACCUGGUAUUGUUCGGCCACUCAAGGUGUAGUCUAGCACAUGUGCGCGAGAGCCGCGCAUAGACUCAUCUGCCCUGUUGAGUGGUAAUAUGUGUGUCUGGAUGAUAGGGAUGAUGGGACCGAUCGUUAAAGGAACUCUACACGUGGAGGAUGUGUUUUCGACUCCCGACCACGUCGUCUCCAUUCGUUGCUGGUGGAUGCGGCAGAUGCAGGAAUACUCAAGCUGCUGUUGUUUUGCAGGAUUAGAGCAGGAAAUACGCAAGUUCCGUCCACACCCCCGAGUGGGGAUCGCUUAGGGGAGAGGGCGUCGUCAACCAACCGUGUGGGCGUGUGCGAUCGAGUAGCAGAGGACGCGGUAGUUUCCGCGGCCCGUGCGUCUGAUCGGAUGUUCGACAGAUCAAACCCUCUAGAAAUAGGGCUCGGUUUCUUGUGAACACAUUUGCGGUUGAAGCUUGUGUGACGAAAGUGUAGACUAGUGCAUGUAAAUUUGUCUCCACGCGACAUGAAGUUUAGAUUUAGUUCAAGCUGGAAGGUUGUGGUGUCGUUCCCACCCUAAAUCGGGAUGGCGGUGGGGGAACGGCGUGUGCGAACCCGGUUCGGGCAGGAAGGAUUUUUUCCGUGUCAGCAGUGGUUGUCGUGAUGUGGACCAGUUGUUGGUUUGACGUUUUGGGUACUUGAUCAGGCAUUGUUCACCUGCUCAGGAAACGACAAAUUGUACUUCUAGUGGCAGAAAUCGACAUCAAUGUGUGUGAGCUCAUUUGUUUUUUCCUUCCUGGUCCAAGCGUGCGUGAGUGUGAACCAUAAAUGAGUUUAUUACUUAGAAGUAGAAAGUAAACAAACCUCGCAGAAAGACACUGCCCGUUCGAGAUAUAACCGCAGUCGAAUGGGUGUGUUGAAGUAUUUUCAGUACGUGGAUUGAAACCGACUGGAAACUAGCCUUAUUUUGAGUAUGUACACUGAAUCAUCAGUGAUGCCAGUUGGUGCUCAGAACAAAAGCAUCCCUUGUAGUUCUCUACUGAGUCGAUGACAGAACUAUCGGGGAGAAGCUCUCCGUUGUGUCGUGUGUUAUAGAAUAUGUCCUUCACAGGGAACACGGCGCAUUUACGUCGUACUGUUUUGUUGAGCAAUAUAUUGAAUCUCCCGUAGACGUCGGAGUUUUCCCCCCGGGGAGGCGAUC